UUGACCACAGGCCAGGAGGCGGCAUCUCCCGGGGAGAAACAGCGCCAACCAGCGGUCCAGCUCCGCGCGGCUGCCAGGGCUGCUCCUCGUCCUGCCGUUUCUAGCCGGCGCUGCCCUUUCUGUGCUCCCGGCUACCGCCGCUGAUAUACAACUGCGCUAAAGGGGAAUUCCUGGCGGUCCAGUGCUUAGGACUCGGCACUUUCACGGCCUUGGGCCCAGAUUCCAUCUCUGGUCCCGGAACUAAGAUUUUGGCCCGGCGAGGCCAGAAGAAAAACAAAACAAAACACGACGACAACAAAAAAAUCCCACAAGUGUGCUGAAAACCCUGCUUCUCCAGAGCAGUUUCUCAGAGUUAUCUAGGAAGCUGGCUUCUGGACUAGUCCUUAAUUUGGCUCAAAUAAAACUCUCUAUUCUUAUUAUAGAUUGUUUAUUGAUUAUUUUCACUGACAGAAGUUAGAGUGUGACAGCUUUGGAGCCAAGGGAUUGUUCCUGUGAUUUCUGUGGUCUGCACGCCGCACCUCGCCCCUCCCCCGCCAAUGUUUACUCUAAUCUUCUGCUGUGCCCGUGUUCCCACCGCUGAUUCUCUCCUUGCCUUCUCCCCUGCCAUCACUUGUGCCCCUUCAGGAUUUGUCCUGCCCCUCCCUGCUGUCCCCUCCCCUCUGUGGUUCUCUGAUCCCUUGCUACGGCAUCCUCACCCUCACCCCCUUUCCCACCACCGGGUCCUCUCCUCCUCUCAUGGCUCUUUUAAAAAAUUUAUUUUAUUUUAUUUUUUAUUUUGGCCAUGCCCCGUGGCUUGCAGGAUCUCAGUUCCCCGACCAUGGAUUGAACCUGAGCCUUCACAGUGAAAGCGCCAAAUUUUAACCACUAGACCACCAGCAGACUCCUCCCUCAUGGGUGUUUUACCUGCAAGGAUAAGACACCUGCAUGGCUCCUACCUCCCCCCAGCUUUCACUAACCUUACAUUUCUGGGGAACUUUUGCCCAGUGUGAAUUCGCUCCAUCCCCAUUACCCUAUUUCAUCACCAGGGGGAGCUCUGGUGCUAAUGAUAACUGGGUCUUUAUUUUUUUUUGCAGGCCCAGCGGCCAUGGCUCACGGGCCUAGCCGCUCUGCGGCAUGUGGGAUCCUCCCGGACCGGGGCACGAACCUGUGUCCCCCGCAUCGGCAGGUCCAGCCACCUCCCCACCUGGGGCCUCACCAUGCUUCUUGCACUCUGGGCCCAGACCCACCGCUUCACCUCCACCAGGGGAUCACACAGUCUUCAUUACAACCUCACGGUGCUGUCCCGGGAUGGAUCUGUGCAGUGCAGCUUUUUCGCUGGGGACUUGGAUGGCCAGGCCUUCCUGCGCUAUGACCGUGAGACAGGCAGGGUAGAACCCCGGGGACUGUGGGCAGAAGAGCUGGGAGCUGAGACGUGGGACACAGAGUCCAAGGACUUGACAGAGAGGAAGGACCUCAGAGAGCUUCUAGCAGAAAUCCUGGCCCUGCAGGAGGAGAAAGGAGGUGUGAAUUCCCUCCGGGAGAUCGUGGGCUGUGAAAUCUGAGAAGACAACCACGCCUGGGGCUUCAGGCUUCUCUACCAAGAUGGGGAGCUCUUCCUCUCCUGUCACCUGGAGACCCAUCGAUCUACAGUGCCCCAGUCGUUGGGUCCAACCUUGGCCAUGGAAAUGGAGAAGUCCAGGGACAUGGAUGGCUUUUACAGCAAGUAUUACUGGGCCCACGUGCAGGGAGAGCUUUGUGGAAGACUGCGAGGUUAUUUGGAAUCCUGGACAGGCUUCAGGGAGACAACAGGGCCCCCAGCCGUGAACGUGACCCGCAGCCAGGACUUGGAGGGCACAGUCAACCUCACAUGCUGGGCUUUUGGCUUCUUUUCCCGGAAUAUCUCAGUGGCCUGGUUUUGGGAUGAGGAACACAUGAGCCAGGAGGCCCAGCGGUCUGGGGGUGUCCUGCCUGAUGGGAACGGGACCUACCGGACCUGGGUGACCAUAAGGGUUCCCCAAGGAGAGGAACAGCAGCGUGUCGAGUGCCACGUGGAACACAGCGGGAAUCACGGUGCACACACUGCGCCCUCUGGCUUUUGUGUCCUUUGCUACUUGAAGAAGAAGAAGACAGCAUCAGCUGUGGGGAGCCCAGAGCCGUUAGCCUACAAGACCUGGAUCAAUGCCAGAUGGAGCCAAGUGACCAUAAUGACCUCACACAACUGGGAUUUCAGUCCUCGUUGUCAGACCCUGCGUCCAUCAGUUCCACUGGGGGAGCUUAGAAUCUGCCGCCAGAGCCCUGAAUUCAGCUCCCUUUUCUGGUCUUACUAGCACUUUCCCUUUUGUGUGUGUUCUGUUAUUUUUCUUAUUAUUUUUAUGUUUUAUUUUAUUUGUUAUUUUUUUAAGGUGUAGUUGAUUUACAAUACAGCACUUUCCCUCUUUUUUAAUUUAUUUUUUAUUGAAGUAUAGUUGAAUUAUUGAACACAAUGUUGUGUUAAUUACUGCUGUACAGCAGAGUAACUCAGUUAUACAUAUGUAUACAUUCUUUUUCAUAUUCUUUUCCAUUAUGAUUUAUCACAGGAUAUUGAAUAUAGUUCCCUGUGCUAUACAAUGGGACCUUGUUGUUUAUCCAUCCUAUAUAUACCAGUUUGCAUCUGUUCAUCCCAAACUCCCACUCCUACCCUCUCCCACCCUGCUCUCCCUUGGCAGCCACUAGACUGUUCUCUAUGUCGCUGAACACUUUCCCUCUUGAUGCUUCAGUUUCUUCAUCUAUGAAAUGAGAAAAAUAGUGUUUAUUUCCAGUUGUGGUGGGGACGAUUAAAAGCGUUCAUAUAUGUGAGGUGGCUGCAGCUGCACUACACUAGUCACUAACUCUAUUUUUGUUUUUUUAUGUUAUAAUAGAAUACAUGGAUAAUAAUUCUGUUAUUACAAACAAGCUUUAUCAGUAAGUUUCCUCACUGUGGCUUCUCCCAAAAUGACUAAUAGCAGAUUUUUGGAAACUUGAGGUUCCCUUCACACCCUGUCACACCUGUAUAUGCAUUACUUCAUGUCAGCAAUAUCUGUAUAAUUUCAUAUUAAA